CACACCGUAGACACAAGCCGCUCCUGUUGCUCUCGCGCGCUAUCGAAACCAAAAGGACCAACGAACGACGAAUGGAGCAGCACUGUACGCUGGAGCGUGGCGGUCAGGCAAUUUGGGUGUGUCUGUGUAACUGCGUGGCUGUGUGUGGGCACGCGAGCCGGAUGCACCGUUUUGUUACUAUACUGUGUCCUGAUGGCACCGCUGGACGCAAAACCUUAUCGGGACCCGGAGACGACCAAUCCCGGACAACCGACUUCCUGCACGGCUCAGCUACUACUAAGCACCACUACUGGCAAGCGUUAGCGGACGAGUGCCGAACGGCCGAACGGCCAUCACGAGAGGGCUACGAACGCACGGGAAUGUGUGCUCGGCCGAAAAAUGCCAACACGCGCGCGGCGCCUCCAUUCCAUUCGGCACGAAGUUUUAUCAAUAUCGAAGGGGAAAACUCGAAGGGGCGCGACCGCGUUUACACGGCGAGGUUCGAGCGCUUGAGUGCGCAGACGGACACGUAAAAGCCGGUAAGAGUGGGA